GCAACUUUGAAGUUUUUUUAUUGUGUUUAUCUUUGUGGCAUCUGAGUAUUUGCUAGCCCAGCAGUUUGUCUAUUUGCCCUAAUGGGAAAAUGUGAAAUGGCAUUCAGCCAAUAAGGAAGCUGACAUUACGCUCACACAGGUUUUAAAUUAAAGCGCCUGAGAGAAUGCUGGCCUCUUCACAAGGCUCCACUAACACAGUGGACAAAACGCCCCUGUUUCAAAGCAAUAGUGCAUCAGUGAUGAGAAAAAUCUCUGGAAUUUUCACGAAAAACCAGCCAGAAAGUUCAGGCAACUCGGGGUCCAGUUAUGUGGAAUUGGGCACGAUUACUGAGGAAUCCAGCAGCAAGACUUUGGGGGCUUUUGCUGGCGUGUUUGCGCCCGUUAGUUUGUCGAUGUUUUCAGCGCUGAUUUUUUUGCGAAUGGGAUACAUUGUGGGAAAUGCAGGCUUACUAGUAACGUUGUUACAAUUUGCAAUCGCUUAUGCCAUUCUGUUCUUCACCGUAACAUCAGUGUGUGCUAUAUCGACCAAUGGGGCAGUAGAAGGAGGUGGUGUAUACUUUAUGAUCAGUCGCACUUUGGGGCCCGAAUUUGGGGGCUCAAUCGGAACUUUGUUCUUUUUAGCCAAUAUGGUAAGCAGUGCUCUAUGCAUUUCUGGCUGUGUUGAAGGGUUAGUCGACAAUUUUGGACCGUCAGGAUAUUUCGUAAAAAAUAUUGUCCAUGAUGGACGAUGGUGGCAGUUUUUGUAUUGCACUAUUUUGAAUCUGGUAAACUUGAUCAUAUGCUUGAUUGGGGCGUCAAUGUUUGCAAAAACUACGGUUUUUGUUUUGGCAAUUGUGUGCGUUUGUUUGGGAAUUACCUUUUUUACAUUCUUUUAUCAAGGAAUGAUGCAGGUUGCAAUUCCCGCUUCGAACACGUUCCUUCACAACAUAACUUCAUUAGCAUACACCGGCUUAAAUUCCUCCACCUUAGACAGUAACGUUUUUGAGCACUAUGGGAUUGAUUACACAGCGAAGGGCCAACUGGUUACGUUCGCCACCGUUUUUGGAGUAUUGUUUUCGGGCGUUACUGGAAUCAUGGCUGGAGCCAAUUUGAGCGGAGAAUUAAAACAUCCUGGCAAAUCCAUACCCAGAGGAACUUUGUCCGCUAUAGGAUUCACCUUAGUUAUUUAUCUGUCGAUGUCCCUUUUGGUUGCCGCAACGAGCACUACCGAACUAUUGCAGAACAAUUACUUAUUUCUGGCGGGAGUCAGUGUUUUUGCGCCCAGUGUUGCUGUUGGACUGUUUACAGCCACUUGGUCUGCCGCUCUAAGCAAUGUUAUUGGUGGCUCUCGAGUUUUGGAGGCGCUGGCCAAAGAUCAAAUUUUCGGUUCAAUUUUGGCUUUUGUCACCAAAGGCACUUGGAAAGGCAACCCGGUGGUUGCCGUUUUGGUGUCCGCUCUAAUUGUUCAAUUGGUGCUUCUGAUUGGCUCUCUUAAUGCAAUAGCGCAACUCAAUUCGGUGCUAUUUUUGCUCAGCUACUUGGCGACAAAUCUAGCUUGUUUAGGACUGGAACUAGCCGGCGCUCCCAAUUUCAGGCCUUCUUUUGCUUACUUUACUUGGCACACGGCGCUAAUAGGGCUGAUGGGAACGCUCAUAAUGAUGUUUGUUAUCAACCCGAUAUAUGCAGCAUGCAGUAUUCUCAUGUGUGUGCUCCUAGUGAUAGUGUUGCAUAUAUUUUCCCCGUCGAAGGGGGCUGAUUGGGGCAGCAUAUCCCAAGCUUUGAUUUUCCAUCAGGUGCGCAAGUAUCUGCUGUUAUUAGAUUCGCGGAAGGAUCACGUAAAAUUCUGGCGACCGCAAGUGUUGCUUCUAGUGAACAGUCCCAGAUCGGCGUGUCCUUUGAUAGAUUUCAUAAACGGCCUCAAAAAGGGCGGGCUGUAUGUGUUGGGGCACGUAGUGAAGGGAGAAUUCAAUCAGGGGGCGGAUCCCACUUUGGGCAUGACACUGAAUUGGCUCAAUUUGGUGGACCAUUUAAAAGUGAAGGCCUUUAUUGAGCUAACCAUUGCCAAAACCGUUCGAGAGGGUUUGCAGCAUUUGGUCCGCUUGAGUGGAAUGGGAGCAAUGAAGCCAAACACUAUCGUAUUGGGAUUUCUAGACCAACAACCACCCACAGAUUUUCUUUUAGAACAAGAAUCGCCUUAUUAUAACGCAGAGUUCGAAGAUCAUGUGUUUAGUCUUGACGCUCCAAGCAGCUCCUUGGAGCCGUUGGAAUACGUUCAAAUGAUGAGGGAUGUGCUGAGAAUGGAAAAGAAUUUGUGCCUUUGUAGAAACUUUGCCAACCUGAACACCGAUCUUAGAAUCGUUAAAACGAAGUCGUACAUUGAUGUAUGGCCGGUGAAUUUUUUGAGUCCGGGCGACGAAGACGCCUUUAAUAACACGUCCCUGUUCAUGAUGCAACUGGCUUGUAUCGUCAAUAUGGUCCCGCUCUGGAGCAAACUGAAGCUGAGAAUAUGCAUGUGCGAUGAAACUAGGACCAGUUACUUUCAAACAAACUCCUCUGGACAAAAUCGAAUUGAUCGGCUAAAAGUCCUGCUGAAAGAGCUACGAAUUGAUGCCGAUAUAUUUUCGGUGACUGAAUGGGGGAGUGUAAUUGAGUCGCACGGAUCUAACAUGGAAACGUACGUAAAAAGCGUUAAUAAUUUGAUUAUCAACCAAACGGACGAGACUGCAGUGACUUUUAUCUAUCUUCCACCUCCUCCUUUGGACGAUAACGACAUCGCAUCCUAUUAUAAUAGUUUGGAGGUUUUAUCGCGAAAUUUGCCUCCAACUAUUUACGUGCAUGGUGUGAAGAAAGUUACAUCGACUGCAUUAUAAUAAAUUAUCCUCAUGUGUGUAUGUUUGAAUCGACCGACAUGUACAUGACAAAACACAGGAUAGUUGGAUGAUUUUAUCCAGAAUGAUGCAAUUGUUUUCUUUUGGAAUUAGUUGGAUUGUUCCGCUAUUUCCAUCCGGUAUACAUGCAAACGUUGUUUACAUUCUAGGGCUUAAGGACGUAUUUUUAGUAGAUAUUUUUUAUAUUAUUAUUAAGUCUACCAAUGAUGCCUUAAAGUAUAUAGACCUGUGAUUUAUUAAAUUAGAUAUUAUUUUGUAUUCAAAUGUAUGUACCUAUUCUUUUUAUAAAUAAACAUUUUUAUGUCCUAUUAUAGUGGCAAUGAAACAUU